AUGAUGGAAUCACCAACAGCACUACCUCCAACUUCACUCGAAACACAAUCUUCACUCCCUCCGGCAGAGGUUCUUGUCCGAGACUCAGCUAAAAGAACACGCGAGCUCUUCUCUGGAGAUUUCGCGAACGCAUUCCUUCUCGACGAUGAGUCUAGUCGCAAAUCCCUCGUCACGAACAAAAUCCGCACCGAAUAUGACGACCUCCGCGAGCUUCCCGCAGCACUAGCGGCCAAACAGGCCGCCGCCACAAGCGCUGCGAAACGCAAGAAGCUCGGCCCCGGCUCGUCGAAGCCCCUUGCUACAGAAGCGGACGGCGCCGAUGCAUCGACAAUGAAGAUGAUUGAAGGGAUCCCCUCCUCAGGGGCAACUGGACCCACCACGACUGCGCUCACAAUCCGCGGCAAAGCGCCGAUGCCAGGCUUUGGCGGCGCAGGUAAUGCUCAGAAGAAUCUUCCUGGAUCGAGCUUGGUGAGAAACAAUGCUGUGCAGCAGGUAAAACCUGUCUGGCACGCGCCGUGGAAGCUUAUGCGUGUUAUUGCCGGUCAUCUGGGGUGGGUUCGCGCGCUGGCUGUGGAACCGAACAAUCAGUGGUUUUGUACGGGUGCUGGAGAUCGCACUGUAAAGAUAUGGGAUCUGGCGAGUGGAUCGUUGAAGUUGACGUUGACUGGUCAUAUUUCUACUGUUCGAGGGUUGGCAGUAUCGCCGAGACAUCCAUACUUAUUCUCGUGUGGUGAGGAUAAGAUGGUUAAAUGUUGGGAUCUAGAAAGUAAUCGCGUUAUUCGUCAUUACCAUGGACAUCUGUCAGGUGUAUACUCUCUGGCACUCCACCCAACGCUGGACGUCCUGGUCACUUCAGGUCGUGACGGUGUGGCACGAGUAUGGGAUAUGAGGACCCGCACAAAUGUCAUGGUCCUCUCAGGACAUCAAGGAACUGUGUCUUCAGUUGUCACACAGGAGGCGGACCCUCAGGUUAUCACAGGUUCCAUGGACUCUACUGUUCGUCUAUGGGAUCUGGCAGCCGGGAAAACCAUGGCAGUUCUCACACAUCACAAAAAGUCGGUCCGAACGAUCACGACACAUCCAAAGGAGUUUACAUUCGCUUCUGGGAGUGCGGAUAAUAUUAAGCAGUGGAAGUGCCCCGAGGGAGCGUUCAUGCAAAACUUUGAGGGCUUUGGAGGAAUAGUAAAUACAUUAAGUGUCAAUGAAGAUGAUGUUCUGUUUUCAGGAUCGGAUAAUGGUGAGAUGUGCUUCUUCGACUGGAAAUCCGGACACCGCUUCCAAAAGAUGGAUACCACCGCGCAACCAGGUUCCUUGGAAGCAGAGCAGGGUGUAUUCUGCAGUACUUUCGAUAAGACAGGUUUGAGAUUGAUUACGGGUGAAGCCGAUAAAACUAUCAAAGUAUGGAAACAAGACGAAAAUGCUACAGAGGAGACACAUCCGUUGGAUUGGAAACCAACGUUGCAGAGACGGCGGUACUAG